AUGUGCUCAGGGGACUUUCUGCCACGGGGAUCUGGCAUCGUGACCAGGCGCCCGCUGGUCCUGCAGCUGGUGAACUCCAGCACAGAAUAUGGUGAGUUCCUACACUGCAAAGGAAAGAAAUUCACUGAUUUUGAAGAGGUCCGUUUGGAGAUCGAGGCUGAAACGGACCGUGUUACUGGCUCCAACAAAGGGAUUUCUCCUGUGCCCAUCAAUCUCCGCGUCUACUCUCCCCACGUCCUGAACCUGACCUUGGUGGACCUACCAGGUAUGACAAAAGUCCCAGUGGGGGACCAACCCCCUGACAUUGAGUUCCAGAUCCGAGAUAUGCUCAUGCAGUUUGUCACCAAAGAGAACUGCCUCAUCCUGGCAGUAUCUCCAGCUAACUCUGAUUUGGCCAACUCGGAUGCUCUGAAGAUUGCAAAGGAGGUGGAUCCUCAAGGGCAACGCACUAUUGGAGUCAUCACUAAACUGGAUCUUAUGGAUGAAGGAACUGAUGCACGAGAUGUAUUAGAAAAUAAAUUGCUUCCUCUUCGUAGAGGUUACAUUGGUGUAGUCAACAGAAGUCAGAAGGACAUUGAUGGCAAGAAGGACAUUCAGGCUGCUCUGGCUGCGGAGAGAAAAUUUUUUCUCUCCCACCCAGCCUACAGACACAUGGCUGAUCGCAUGGGAACCCCCUACCUGCAGAAAGUAUUGAACCAGCAAUUGACCAACCACAUCCGUGACACGCUGCCAGGACUGCGAAACAAGCUCCAGAGCCAGCUUCUCUCCAUUGAGAAGGAGGUGGAGGAGUACAAGAACUUCCGCCCCGAUGACCCUGCCCGCAAGACCAAAGCUCUGCUUCAGAUGGUCCAGCAGUUUGCUGUGGACUUUGAGAAACGUAUUGAAGGCUCUGGAGACCAAAUUGACACCUAUGAGCUGUCGGGAGGAGCUAGGAUUAACCGCAUCUUCCAUGAGCGUUUUCCCUUUGAAUUGGUGAAGAUGGAGUUUGACGAGAAGGAGCUGCGACGGGAGAUUAGCUACGCCAUCAAGAACAUCCAUGGUAUAAGAACCGGUCUCUUCACACCCGACAUGGCCUUUGAGACCAUUGUGAAAAAGCAGGUGAAGAAGAUUAAAGAGCCUUGCCUGAAAUGCGUGGACAUGGUCAUUUCGGAGUUAAUCAAUACCGUUAGACAGUGCACCAAGAAGCUCAGCCAGUACCCGCAUCUGCGCGAGGAGAUGGAGAGGAUCGUAACUACCCACAUCCGAGAGAGAGAGGGCAGGACCAAGGAUCAGGUCAUGCUUCUAAUUGACAUUGAGUUGGCUUACAUGAACACAAACCACGAGGACUUCAUUGGAUUUGCUAAUGCUCAGCAGAGGAGCAGCCAGAUGAGCAAGAAGAAGGCAGCUGGCAACCAGGAUGAGAUCCUGGUGAUCCGCAAGGGCUGGCUCACAAUCAACAACAUCGGGAUCAUGAAGGGAGGCUCCAAGGAGUAUUGGUUUGUCCUGACAGCAGAGAACCUCUCCUGGUAUAAGGAUGAUGAGGAGAAGGAGAAGAAAUAUAUGCUGCCGGUGGAUAACCUGAAACUGCGAGAUGUCGAGAAGGGUUUCAUGUCCAGCAAACACAUCUUUGCCCUCUUCAACACUGAACAAAGGCAAACAGAUCAUCUGCUUGUGUUCCAGGGAAAUGACAAGGACAAAGCCAGUGAAACAGAGGAGAACGGAUCAGACAAUUUCAUGCAUUCCAUGGAUCCUCAGCUAGAGAGACAAGUGGAAACCAUCAGGAACCUGGUGGAUUCCUACAUGGCAAUUGUCAACAAAACCAUCAGAGACCUCAUGCCGAAGACUAUCAUGCACCUCAUGAUAAACAAUACCAAGGACUUUAUCCACUCGGAGCUGCUGGCAAACCUGUACUCCUGUGGUGACCAAAACACACUGAUGGAGGAAUCGGCAGAGCAGGCCCAGCGGCGUGACGAAAUGCUGCGCAUGUACCAUGCCCUGAAAGAGGCCCUCAACAUCAUCGGGGACAUCAACACCAGCACCAUCAGCACCCCAAUGCCCCCACCGGUGGACGACUCUUGGCUGCAGGUGCAGAGCGUACCGUCUGGACGCAGGUCCCCCACAUCGAGCCCCACGCCCCAGAGGAGAGCGCCCGCUGUUCCGCCCGCCAGACCUGGCUCCCGAGGCCCAGCUCCUGGGCCACCUCCUGCUGGUGGGUCCACGCUGGGUGGUGCCCCCCCCGUGCCCUCCAGGCCAGGUGCCUCUCCUGAUCCCUUUGGGCCCCCGCCUCAGGUUCCUUCUCGGCCUAACCGUGCUCCUCCUGGUGUUCCCAGAAUCACUAUCAGUGACCCCUGAGGACUGGCGGCCACGCAGAAGGGGCCCUGCCUCACCUACUCGACCUACCAUAAUCCGACCGGCUGAACCGUCCCUCUUAGAUUUAUAACUCGAGGCUGUAGACAGCUGGCGACGAAUGCCGUGCUGGCGGCUUCCCAUUCCACCCUCCCUCCCGCAGCCACAGUCACUCCUCUCAUCCAUCCCACCCCUCUGCCUCCCACCGCCCCUUCCCCGUGUGUCGUAAAGCACUAGCCUAGUGAUCGAGCUCUUCGUCUUCACUCGUGCGUCCUGUAUUGCUUUGUGAGUGUAGAGUAGCCUCCAUUCAGUGGCAUGGACCCCUGAAGUGCACAGGCUCCUUGCAGAGACCAGCUGCAGGGACGGCCCAAAGCCCAAGGGGCGACUGUCCAGCCAGUUGUUUCACCUGCUGGGUCUAGCCUGGAUAAGUGUCCUGCCUGCAUCGGUUAGCUGUAGCACCUAGCACUGAUCUGUAGCUCUGUAGCUAUUUUUUCUCGUAGUUAAGAAGACAAAAAUGUGACAUAGAAGAAAAAAAAAUGCUGUUGAAACACGUGACACUGUUAGGACCAGAUUAAAUGUCCUGUGUAUUAGCUGACUUCUAAGGUGCAAAAACUCACGUUGGGAACAGUGCAAUCAACUUUAGCUCGAAGCGAGGCAGGGAGAGCGAGCGGGGGGAACGCGAUGGACCGGCCCAGU